GGUGGUGGUCCAGGGAUCCAGGGGACCCCACCCCAAAACAGACCAGCAUUGAAAGCCCAACAGGCUUCAUGGAAAUGGAGCACCCUCUGUACCUCUUCCUCUUCUUCCUUACAUUGGCUGAGGACUCCAUUCAGAUUGAAGACAACAAGAUCCCAAGCCUGUGCGCUGGGCAGCCUGGCAUCCCUGGGACCCCUGGUCUCCAUGGUACUCAAGGCCUGUCGGGCAGAGAUGGACGAGAUGGUCGUGAUGGAGCCACAGGGAUGCCGGGGGAGAAAGGUGACCCUGGUCAACCAGGACCUUCGGGCCCCAGAGGAGAACAAGGCAGCCCUGGCACAAAUGGCUUUCCAGGAGAAAAGGGGGCACAAGGUGAAUGUGCCGUGGCACCCCGUUCCGCCUUUAGUGCCAAGCGCUCCGAAUCCCGCAGCCCUCCUUUGCCCGACCAGCCAAUCGUCUUUGACGUUGUGUUGAUCAACGAACAAGGCCACUAUGACGGAAAUACAGGGAAGUUCCUUUGUGAGAUCCCAGGACUCUACUACUUUGCCGUCCAUGCGACCGUCUACCGCAUGAGCCUCCAGUUCGACAUCAUGAAGAACGGCAAGUCGGUGGCCUCCUUCUUCCAGUUCUACGGCAACUGGCCCAAACCGACCUCACUCUCAGGGGGUGCUCUGGUACGGCUGGAGCCAGAGGAUGAAGUCUGGGUGCAAGUGGGAGUGGGAGACUACACAGGCUUCUACUCCAGUGUGAAAACAGACAGCACCUUCACGGGGUUCUUGGUGUACUCCUAUUGGCAAAAUUCCCCCGUCUUUGCCUGAGGGAUGAGCUCCACUUUGCAGUUCGUAUUCUUGGCUCUGCCUUUGCUUUGUUAGUGGGGAUCAACAUUGCUUUCUCAACCUAAGGGUUACCAGUUUAGGAUCGUCCCAGGCCCAGGUUUCUGGACCAACACCAGAGACCUAGAGACAGUCCCUGGGAACCUUCUGCAGUGUUGUGCGCUAUGUACCAACCCUAGUUGCUCACGGCUUGCUGUUGAGGCACACCUGCAUACAAAUCUCGUACUUUUCCCUGUUUGGAAAUUAGGACAGAAAACUAAAUUUAAUUUAGUUUUAUCCUAUUUAAUCUACCCCACUUACUUCUAGGUGCAGAGUGGAGGGUAAGCCCUUGUGCCACAACAACUGGUAGGAAAGGAGGAAGCUAGCCAAGUGCAGAAACCUAUAGAGAGUCCUUGCAAGUUGCAGCAAAUCUAUUAAUCCUUGCAAAUUGUGGCAAGUGGUUGCUCUACUACUGGAGCUGGAUAUAUGCGUGCAAUCCUCCUUGCCUGGAGUUAAGCCCACCAAAACUGGGGAAAUUGCACCUUUUUCUCUCUGGCCUGGAGAUGAUCUAUGAAAACUGGAGACUCAGGGCCAGGCCUGGAUACCUAGCAAUCCUAGACAGAACAUUUCUUUAGCAAAUGCUCACAUGAAAGAUCAGAGACCCUUUCCACUAUUACUAACAUGAGAAAGUCUUGGGCCAACCUCAGGUUGAAAUGGUGUAGCCAUGAACCCAAGAAACUAAGAGUAAGUUGUUUGUUAACCCACAGGACCACCUUAGUAAACAGUGCGUCUUCUUCACAAGGUAUGUAAACCACAUUUUCUUUAGCCAUUAUCAGAGGCAGCUCUGUUGGAACUGCUCUCUCCAGAUAUAUACUGUUUUCUCCCCAGCUCCCUAAGAAAGGCCAGAAUGGCCCAAAGGAUAGAGUGCUGAGUUCAGAUCUCUGUUUGUAUAAUGGGCAUUGCAGGUUUGUUAUAGGUGGGAUUGUUCUGCACACUACAACUGCUACAGACAUGAAUAUUUAAGACAAUAAUAAUAGUACAAAAGGGCCAGUUCAUGAAUUAUAGUCUUAAUGGAAUACAGCAAGUGUGGGGAAGCUUUGUAAAGACCAUCAGUUCCACUAUAGGCAGACUGAGGUCCAAAAUACACUGCAGGAAUAAUCCAGUUUGAAACUGGUUUAACUGACCUGGCUCAGUGCUGGGGGAUUCUGGGAGCUGUAGUUUUGUGCAACAUAACUUGUCAAAGAGCUCUGAUGCCACAAUAAACUACCAUUCCCAGAAUUCCCUAGCAAUGGACCAGGGCAGUUAAAGCAGUCUCAAACGGGAUUAUUUCUGCAGUGUAUUUUGGACCUUAGCCACUUCCUUGCCUCGCACUCCAAGCCAUUAAGGAGCUACCAAAGUUCAUUUGAUCUUGCAUCCUUGGGUUUUGUAACAGAGGAGGAACUCAUGGGAAAGGCCCUGGCUUCUUUCUUUCUUUCUUUCUUUCUUCCAUCUGAUAAGAAAAGACAAACCUCUGCUAAAGGGGUAUCUCUCCCAGCUUGUUGCAAGGGGCAGAGUUUAGGAAAGUUGCUUUUCUAAACUACAGCUCCCAGAAUCCUCUACCUAGCAUGGCCAACUUGCUGGCUGAGGGAUUCUGGGAGCUGUGAUUCCAAAAAAAUACAUUUUCUACAAAUGCACCAUGCCCUAAGCUGUCAAAAUGUUUACCCUAACAAAUAUAGGAAGGCCAGCAUGGCAUAGUGCUUUGAGUGUUGGACUGUGCCUCUGGAGAACAUGGUUCGAUUCCCGGCUCAUCCAGGAAACCCACUGGGUGACCUUGGGCAAGUCACACUCUCUCAGCCUCAGGGGAAGGCCAUGGCAAACCUCUUCUGAAGUAAUCUUGCCAAGAAAACCCCAGGAUAGGUUUGUCUUAGGGUCUCCUUAAGUUUGGAACAACUUGAAGGAACCCAACAAGGAUAAAUAUGGGUGGUGCAUUAAAUUAUUUACCCACUAGGAGGCUCCCAGAGCCCAGAGUUAAACUUUUGCUAGUCAAAUUAAUCCUAGAUCAAAUCUUAGUGAGAGUUGUAAAUUUAAUUCAUUCCAGGUUUUUCCUCCCACAGAUUGAUAUUUGAGUUGGUUUGUUCAUGUUUUCUUUAUACCGUGGGUGUUAUGUGUAUAUAUUCCUCCCCCCAGGGACGUAGCCAAGGGGAGGUUCUUGGGGUCCGGACCCCCCCCUUCCAUUAGAAAAAUGAAUGGUGCGUGCUGCUGCGCUGCUGCGCCCAAGCCCCAUUAUAAUGGUGGCACUUAGUCUGGACCCCCCCCUUCCUAAAAUCCUAGCUACGUCCCUGUUCCCCCUGUAUUUUCUUUGUGUCCAUUUUCGAAUACCAUUAAAAGUUUUCAAGCUGGUUAAUCUGUACAUCUCUGUACAGGAAAAAGGAAUGAUUAAACAUAACUGUCAACUGGAGAGUGCGUCAUGGCUUCACUUUAUGCUGCUUUUAUUGGCAGGUACAAGAUUAUGGUGGAAGUUGCCACGUCUUCUCUAAUGCUCUGCUCUUGGGCCUUUAACAGCAAACUAAUAAACUGGUGGCUUUCUUUUUCCUGCAUGGAGUUCAAGAAGGAGAUCUAUGCCUUGCCUACCACUGAGGAAUUGUUUGUGAAAUUGACAGACUUAUCACAAAUGGACCGUUUGUCCAGUUUGGUUAGAGAAAGGCCAUCAGUGAAAUUGCUCCAACAUGUGUUCUGUUCUUGAAGACUGGAAACCCCUUAUAGACUUUUUGCAACAAAAAGAAAAGAAAAGAAAAUGAUUUGGCAACUUGACUCUUGAGUCGCCACACUGUUAGACCUUGGAAAGUUAUACUCUCUCAGCCUCAGAGGAUGACAAUAGCAAACUCCCUCUGAAGAAACGUGCCAAGAAAACCUUAUGAAAGACGGUCGCUAUAAGUCAGAAAUGACUUGAAGGCACACGGCAAAAUGAACAUUUGCCCAAAACCCUAGAACCACUACUCCUGGCUAGUUCUCACCAUUGCACUCUGCUUCCCUUAAAUACUUAGGC